AUGGCGGUGGCAACUCAUAGCUCCCAUGCAACAAUGGUUAACGACAGUAACAUGUCACUCGAGGGCAUGGACUGGCAUGGUGUCUACAAGGAUUUGCUGUUUCGACGGGGAACCAGCAAUCCCCCCUGCACCCACCUUAAGUCUGACGAAAAUGCAAUAGCCGUCUUACCGGAGACCGACUUGGAGCUGCGACAGAGUUCAAAGGGCAACACUAAUGGGAUUGAAGGGGAUCAAUUGCCGAAAGACCCUGCUUCUCUCAUCCAGGACUUUCUGAACGACUCACCAGAGGCGCGGAAGCGCGGCUGCAGGAACAUUUCGCGCAUUCUUCGUGCACUUGGGAGUGCGGUUGAUGAGUUUCUACUUUUCCUGCAAGAGUUUGAGGAGGGCGAAGAUAACGAAGAUGUCUUGGUGGUACUUUGCAACGAACUGAAGAAGUUCUUCGAUGGCCCGAAAGAUUUUAGGUGCGGCCGCGAGGAGUGCCCUUUUUUGUGGGCAGGAGGUCUGAGCAUAAUUUCAAGCCUGUUGCUUCGCAUCAUGCUUCACAGAGAUAAGGAGCUUCAUGCAGCGGCAUCCCAUGCAUUUGCAGCCCUCGUUUUAAGCUGUAACCUUGCUGAGUUUCUCGGAAACAAGGUAGCGUUUCAGGUUUUAGAGCUCUGCGAAGAUAAACAAAGCGCAUCCCGCCAAACGGCUGCCGGACUUUUACCCACCCUACUGCACUGCACGCGCCGUUGCUUGGCAGAUAUCCUGGCAAGGCAGGGAGCGCAGGCAACGCCAGAUGACCGGCGCAAUCUGGAGACGUUGCUUGAGCUGAAGGGGAAGCUGUUCGACUCCUACAUUGCGCUUUGCGGGGACAAAAGCUGCUCUGUGCAGCUUGCGGCUGGUCAGCAGCUGCCGACUUUUGUAGAUUACGUUGCAGCAGAAGUGGAAAUGCUGCAAAGGGGAUUGCCGACGCAGCAGAUUGUCGACGGCAUGACGGAUACAGACUCGGUUGGUGCAGACACUGCAAUCGGAGAACUCAUGAUUGCUGUGUAUGCAGCAACUCAGAAAUUUGCUCUAUCCCUUCACGAAAGUUGCAGGAUGCAGGGAGUAGCGGCAGUUGCUGCGAUGGCUCGGAGAAAUGCAGCAGCGUUCAGGGCAAUAGGCAACAGCUUCUUCCCAUUGCUUUCCAGCGAUUCUUCGUGGCGAGUUAGAGCAACCGUGUGCCUCGCACUGGAAGACCUGGCUUUUCUCUCCUGCAACUCAGCGCCUCUUUCAGCUGAAGGCAUUGAGGUUAGCAAACCCGAUGAAAAAAUUGCCAGCAUGACAACUUCUCUAUUCAAGUUCCUUUCGGACCGCUCUUGCGUAGGAAAUACUGCCUUCGUGGAUGAUUCUUGGAUGCUGGAGCUCCAUCAAAUAGCUGAAGAAACCCGUGAUAAUCAAGGCUCGAGACUCCCAGGCGCAUGUUUGGAUGCAGUGAUCGCCCUCCUCCAGCACUCCUCUGGUCCUCAGAGGCGUGCGUUUCUGGAGCUAGCAACAGACUUGGCUCAGCGAGGAAACUGGAAACUGAAAGUAUCCUUUCUAGGAUCUUUGGGUUCUCUCGGUUCUUCAGACAUUGAAUAUGCUGCUCCCAUGAUAUCAAGCAGCGAAUUUGCGACGGACGAUGACGGGGAGGACUGUUGGCGGGUUCAAGCGGCCCUAGCUCAGCAGCUGCCGGUGCUCCUUCGAACUAUGGAUGAAUGCCAACAACACCAGGCGACGCCAGAAGCCGGCGCUGUGUUGGAGCAGCACCUUCUGCGAGCUCUCCAGCAGGUGGCUUCUUGCAAGAAUGCUUUCAUACGGCAAGACCUAGCAUUCUAUAUACAUGUAGGAGAGCUAGGCCCAAUAGAGCUCGCAGCUCGUCCCAAAGUCCAAUUGGCCCUGGUCAAGCUUUUGGGUAGGCUGCUUCAGAAGGAUGGAAGCACCCAGUCGGACUUGGCGGUAAGUUUUUGCCCCUAUCCGCCGCUUCGUAUAUUCCAUAACGUUUUCGUAAGCAUAGUGGAAAAAGGACGCCGGAACACUUGGGGGAUUGAGGUCAUGACUAUUAUAGACUUGAUUGCAACUCUCACAGGUUCUCAGCGAAGACUGAGAGCUCAAGCUUUAGCGCGGGGCUGUGACAAGACCUGUGGAGGUUCGACGGCUGAGGACGAUACGAGCACGGAUCCCCAUGGCUGCUCUGUCUUCGUUCCGGAUUGGCGGGUGUUUCUAGCAUUUUUUGUUCUUUCCACGUUCUCCACCAAGGCGCCGCCCCAAGGGCGCGGGCUUUCCGUCUCUGUUUCGCGGAGCAGAGCGAGUUCCUUGACUCCUGCGGACUCCAUUGCACGUAAAUCCGAGGACAACGGCUUUACAAUGGUGGACAGAGUUUCCCCAACACGGGCCGGAGAACUGUGGAUGGUGGAAAAUGCAAAAACUGCAAGAACAAUGCGGAGAUUCCCAUACAUGCUAAGAGGCGUCGCCGCUGGAGCCACUCCCAACGACGUCCGAAAUUUCUUGUCCAAGAUUGGCCCUGUUAAGGAAAUGUAUUUGCCUGUCCAUCAUUUGGAACGCACUCCGCGCUCGUAUUGUUUCUUUGAUUAUGAAAAGGAGGAAGAUGGGGAGAAGGCAGUGAAGGAGCUGAAUAACCAAAUGUUCAUGGGCUUCAGAGUAACAGUUCAAUUCGCUAACAGUGAUCCGAAGACCCCAGAGCAAAUGUGCACAAUCAUGUGCAUAUGGGACAUUUCAUGGAUUCCUGGUGUCUUUGUGUCUCAGUGGGUCAUUUCCGUUUUUCUGUUAUCUGCAGCGAACGCAAACGCAUGUACGACCGAAGCCCCGAGCCCAGGAGGAGGUCGCGGUCAACUCCCUCCGUCCUACGGCGACGAUUCAGAAGCCGUGACAGAGGUAGAAGCCCUGAUGAUAGAUAUUACAGAGGCCGUAGGCGACGCUACAGCUACAGCAGCAGCCGCAGCCGGAGCAGGAGCAGAACACGCAGCCGCAGCAGAAGCCUCAAGAGAAGAAGGAGAGCCAGCAGUGGCAGCAGGCGUCGCAAGAGCGAGCAUCGCAGCAGGCACAGGAGCAGGAGGGACCGCAGCAGCAGCCGCAGCGUCAGCACUAGCCGCAGCAGUAGCACCGUCAGCCGCCACCACGAAAGCACAAGGAGGCGCAGGCACUCCCGAGAAGAGUGUUAGCCGCAGCAGAAGCAGCAGCUGCAACAGCAGAUGCACCCGCAGCUCAGGCGGCCGAAAAGGAGAGCGCCGCGUCUCUAAGCGAAAAGAGCCCUUGCCUUCUGAAGAUAAACGGCCAACAAAAGAAGCGGCAGGAGAGGACAAAAAGCUUGAGGCUACUGACGCUGAGGCUGUGAACGGUGUCGAAUCCAAGAAGGUCCAAGAGAUGAAGGAAGAUGAAGGGUCCGUAGUGGAGAGCGGCAGCUGCAGUGAGAGUGGCGGCGAGAGCGGCGGUGAGAGCGAUGAUGAGACAGGCAAUGAGACGGACAGCAAGAGCAGAAGCGGCAGCAGUGGUAGCGAACAAACAGACGAAAGUGGAGAUGACGGGUCGGAGAGCCAAAACAGUGGCGGAGAGUCUGAAGACGACGAAGAGGAGGAGGCAGCAGACGAAAGCAAAGAACAGCCAGAAAACGCCGAAGGCACAACAGCAUCAGCAGCAGAAGCAAAGGAUGGCGCAUCGUCAGCAUUUCCGCAGGAAGAGGCAUCUUCCCACGAAAAGUCAAAGACGAAAUCUCGCACCAAAGGCGAACAACAGAAAGAAAAGACCAAGGAAACUAGCAGUAGCAGCAGCAAACACAACACCAAGACUUCUCGAAAACACAGGAGGUGA